AGCAGCACUUGCACUGAACCAAGAGUGAGUCAAGUAUGGGUAUCAAUUUUAAAGGAGAAGAAGAAGGAGCUGCAUCAUCAAAAGCUCUCCUCAAUGAUACUAAUGAUACUUCCCCACCCAAUAAAUCUUCUUGUUCUUCCCUUCUUGUCCUCACCACCUGCAUGUCUCUUGUAGCAGCCAUUGCCUUUGCAUUUCUCUUCCUCUCUUCCUCCUCAUCAUUAUCAUCAUCACCACCACUAUUAUCAACCACUGCUCGUCCCCUCACCGAGCUCCACCGCCCCGUCGUCAUCCUCAUUUCCUGCGAUGGGUUCCGUUUUGGUUACCAGUUCAAAACCCCCACACCCAACAUCCACCGUCUUAUAAAAAACGGCACGGAGGCCGAAACCGGAUUGAUACCUGUUUUCCCCACCAUCACCUUCCCCAACCAUUACUCCAUCGCCACUGGACUCUACCCCCAACACCACGGCAUCAUCAAUAACUACUUCUUCGACCCCGUCACCGGCGACAAGUUCACAACCGCGAGCCACGACCCGAAAUGGUGGCUUGGCCACCCCUUGUGGGAGACCGUAGCAGCCAACGGGUUGAAAGCUGCAACCUACUUUUGGCCUGGUUCUGAGGUAAUCAAAGGUUCUUGGACUUGCCCUUCAAGUUUUUGUAUGAAGUAUAAUUCUUCUGUUCCAUUUGAGGACAGAGUGGAUACUGUUUUGGGGUAUUUUGAUCUGCCACAUGAUGAAAUGCCUGUGUUUAUGAUGCUUUAUUUUGAGGACCCUGAUAGUCAGGGUCAUAAGGUUGGGCCUGAUGAUGAUGAAAUCACUCAAGCUGUUGCUAGAGUUGAUAAAGUGAUUGGGAGGUUGAUUAAGGGGUUGGAAGAAAGGGGGGUUUUUGAAGAUGUUACUGUGAUUUUAGUGGGUGAUCAUGGAAUGGUUGGUACAUGUGAUAAAAAACUUAUCUUUUUAGAUGAUUUGGGGAUUCCUGCGGAUUGGGUCCAUUCAUAUUCUCCUUUACUUGCAAUUCGUCCACCUAAUACUCACGAACCUAUUGAUGUUGUGGCCAAGAUGAAUGAAAGGUUGAGCUCUGGGAACGUUGAAAAUGGGGGGAAGUUGAAGGUGUACCUGAAGGAAGAUCUUCCCGAGAGGCUUCAUUAUGUAGCAAGUGAUCGGAUUCCGCCGAUAAUUGGGUUGGUUCAUGAGGGUUAUAAGGUGGAGCAGAGCAGAACAAAUGAGAAAGAGUGUGCAGGUGCUCAUGGGUAUGACAAUGCUUUUUUCUCCAUGAGGACCAUUUUCGUUGGACAUGGUCCUCAAUUUGCAAGAGGGAGGAAGGUACCUUCGUUUGAGAAUGUUCAGAUUUACAAUGUUGUUACUUCUAUUCUCAACAUAAAGGGCGCACCCAAUAAUGGAUCUACCUCAUUUCCAGAAUCUAUUCUUCUAUCUACUGCAUAAGAUUAUGUUUUCGAUGGCUAAGCUACAUGAGCAUGAUGAGGAUGAAAUGUUGCACAUAGAAUAAAUAUCAAUUCUUCCAGGAUUCAACUAAGGGUUUUGAUCCAUUUCAAACUUCUCUAGUUGUUCCUGUAUUUUGAUAUGGAUCAUCCUUAUUUCAUAACUAGUACGAUAACCCGUGCGCUGCACGGAAUUUUAUGAUAGAAUUUUGUAAUAAAUAAAUUAGUUUUCAUAUAUAUGUAAUUUUUAAAUUAUACAUAA